CGAACAGUGCGGGCUUCUCGGUCAAGUCGCGGUCCGGACGGUUCCUUGUUGCUGCUUGACUAAGGUUAUUUUUCUUAUUAGUCUCACCGGUUGGAAAUGAGUCCCAAUUCGUCCACGCUCGAGGGCCCUCUCUCCGAAGACGCCUUGGCCAACCUGAAGCUCUACAAGUAUUCGUCGGUCGACAAGUCGUUCACCUCGCGCUAUGUCUUGAAACACUAUUGGAACGCAUGCGUCGAAUUCCUACCGCUAUGGCUCGCGCCCAACAUGGUCACCCUGCUGGGUUUCUUCUGCAUCCUCAGCAAUGUCAUCCUCAUGCUCAUCUACGACCCUGGUUUGACUGGUCUGGCUCCGUCAUGGGUCUACUACAGCUAUGCCCUCGGCAUCUGGGCCUACAGCACCAUGGACAACAUUGAUGGCAAGCAAGCUCGUCGCACUGGCACCUCGUCUCCUCUGGGUGAGCUGUUUGAUCACGGCAUCGACAGUCUCAACUGCACCCUCGCAUCUCUCCUCGAAACGUCGGCCAUGGGUCUUGGUUCCACUCGUCUAGGCGCUCUCACCGCGCUCAUCCCCACACUCCCCAUGUUCUUCUCGACCUGGGAGACGUACCACACCCACACGCUGUUCCUCGGCUACUUCAAUGGACCCACCGAAGGUCUGAUCAUCGCCGCGCUCAUCAUGAUCCUCUCUGGCUACUACGGCCCUACACUUUGGACAUCCCCGCUAUCCACUCUCGUCGGCAAUGAGCAACUCCUUGGCAAGACCAGCUUCCUCGAUCUCUGGGCUCCCAUCUUGUUGCUUGGCCUCUGUCUCGCACAUAUCCCUGAUUGCGUCAACAACGUGUACAAGGCUAGAAAAGGCAGGAACCAGCCAUUGACACCUGCUUUGCUGGAAUGGGCGCCCAUCUUCAUCUUCACUGCUUCCUUGUGCGCAUGGUUGGGAUCGCCCUACUCGCAUUUGCUGAAGGACAAUCAUCUCUCUCUGCUCUGCUUCACCCUCUCGCCAGCUUUCGGCCGCAUGACGACCAAAAUCAUCCUCGCCCAUCUCACGCGCCAGGACUUUCCUAUGUGGACAGUGAUGCUUGCUCCCCUCCUCAUUGGCAGUAUUCUUGUCAACUUGCCCUACAUCGGUCUCUCUGGCCUUUCUGCAUCCGCCGAGCUUUGGUACCUUAGAGGAUACUUUGCAUUCGCAACCAUCGUGUAUGCCCGCUGGGCCGUCUAUGUUUGCAACAGCAUUUGCAAUUAUCUGGGUAUCAACUGCUUGACCAUCCCGGAAGACAAGUGGCAGGCUCUGAAGGCCGGUGCACCCCCAAAUCAAAGACCCGAAGUCACCCGCCUGGUGUCUGGAUCAAUCAAAUUGCAAAAGGGAGGUGCCAAUGGAAAGUUUGCUUGAACACAAAUAGCUCACGUCACGAUUGUUGUGGCCCCAUCCGGAGAGGAACGAGAAAAGCAUGCAAGAAGAUUGGAUGAUGACACGCUCGUUUAUUGACUGACUGCUUUUUUCCAAGGGAGGUUGGAAAUGAGAUGUUCAAGCUCUUUUCUCCCCUUGUGCCGUUUUACGUAUACAUGUAACGAGUUGUUUUUGUGACACGACUGAAAAGAUAGGAACAAAGGCCAACAGCCAGAUAGAAAU